AGCCCUAGGAUAUUGACUGAAACAGGUGGAGGAUCCCGCCAGGGCUCAACACAGGCACAGUAUGGGUGACGAAAGCUACAACUUUGUUUUCAAAGUGGUUCUGAUUGGUGAGUCUGGUGUUGGGAAGAGCAACCUGCUGUCACGCUUCACCAAGAAUGAGUUUAACCAUGACAGCCGCACCACCAUCGGAGUGGAGUUCAGCACCCGCACUGUUCAGCUGGAUACCGCCACAAUCAAGGCUCAGAUCUGGGACACGGCAGGGCUGGAGAGAUACAGAGCCAUCACCUCAGCGUACUACAGAGGGGCAGUGGGUGCUCUCCUGGUGUAUGACAUCACCAAGCACCUAACCUAUGAGAGUGUGGAACGUUGGCUGAAGGAGCUGUACGAUCACGCUGACCCUCACAUCCUGGUCAUGCUGGUUGGCAACAAGAGUGACCUGGAGACCCUGAGGACCGUGCCCACCGUGGAGGCCAAGGAAUUUGCAGAAAAGAAGGGCAUCUUAUUUAUGGAGACGUCAGCUCUGGAUUCUACCAACGUUGAAGCUGCUUUCCAGGAAGUUCUCACAGCGAUCCACAAAAAGGUGGCCAGUCGAGAGGUGACCCGCGGGUCAAUCAGUGCCGUGACCCUGUCCAGUGCUACUGGAACGGCUAGCGAAGUCCAGGAGGAACGUAGGACCUGCUGCAAGAACCUCUGACCGGUUCUGACUAGCUCUGACCGGUUCUGACGGUUCUUUCCGGUAUUAAACAGAAUCUUCCUACUCUGUCCUCAUUCAGGAUUAAGGGAGUCUAUGUUGAUGACUACAGGAGGCAUAGCUGUGGGAAGUAGGGGUGCUGAGGGUGCUGCAGCACCCACC